UGCGUGCUUGUCUGCCUGCGAAAAAGCUUCUGCAGGGCGCGAACUAUUCAGAGAUCUUCUCUCUAAUGUCUGAGAGAUGUGAUUUGAACUACACGCUGUGUCGCCACGUUAACCUCUUGCUCACAUUGAUUGGUGGUAGCUUCGGAAACGAACCGAGCCGAUGCCUACCUAGGCCCAGAGUAGUAACUCUGAUGCAUAUCGUUGCCGUGUUCUCUCUCCAAACAGUAAGCGAGCGGGGAUGAUUCAAAUGUAAUCUAAUUCGAGCCAAAGCUCCGAUCAUGCUUGAUCUACUGUGCGCAGUGUUCAAAAAGUGGUGUCUGCCGUCGGUAGAAUCCUGGACACGAACACACAUCGCCAUAGUUCAGAUCCAAGAUGAGAAUUGCCGACAUUCUCUCGUUGGCCAUCCUUGCAGUGCGUGCGACCGCCCAAGCGGGAGGAAACAGCUUCGAGCCGCAGGACUUCAACGUCACAGCAGCUCUUGAAGACCUAGGUGUUCCCGUUGCAACACUGCCUAAGCCAGCAAACGAAACAUCGGCUCCCAAGAGACGUUCGUCAUCUUUGUCAUGCUCAUUUGCCUGCGCUUCCUUGAAGAUCCUCUUCGGCGGUGACAGCACUUUGUCCGAGGGGUCAUCAGCAUACGAAUCCUUCACUGGAGAGUAUUGGUCUGCUCAGCAAGGCGCACUCGAUCCUUUCUGUGUCUUCAAGCCAACCAAAACCUCAGACGUAUCCGUCUUCAUCCUUAUCUCGCGACUGUACCAAUGCCCGUUUGCAGUGAAAGGAGGCGGCCACUCAGCAUGGGCUGGCGCUUCGAGCAUUGCUGACGGGAUCACUGUGUCCAUGGAGAAUUUCAAGCAAGCCAACGUCGCUGCCGAUAAACAGACCGUAGAUAUUGGUCCCGGUCUGCGAUGGGUAGACGUAUACACCGCCGUGGAAAAAGACGGCCUUAGCGUCGCAGGUGGACGCAUGGCACCAGUCGGUGUGCCGGGUCUUGUCUUGGGUGGUGGCAUCUCACACUUCGCCACCAAGCGCGGAUGGGCUUGCGACAACGUGGCAAGCUUUGAGCUUGUUACUGCAUCAGGAGCCGUUCUCGAUGUCACACUAGAAUCUUACCCUGACUUAUAUUGGGCACUGAGAGGAGGAGGAAACAACUUUGGAGUCGUUACUAACUUCAAGUUGGACGCCUUCCCUCUCGGCCUGAUGUGGGGUGCGCAACGUAUUCAUCCUGAAAGCACCUUUCCUGCCGUUGUGGACGCAAUAUACGACUUUACGAUGGAAGGAUCUCGAAGAGAUGAAGAUGCUGCGGAGAUUGUCACGUUUGCCAAUGCCCCCGGUAUUGGUAAGAUUGCGUUUGCACUCUUACACUAUGCCAAACCAACUGGGAACGCCUCAGUAUUCGAUCAAUGGAACAACAUAAAUGCUAUCAGUGACACCAGCGGACUGCGACCGAUGUCUGGGAUGGCUAAUCUUCUCAAUGAAGGAGCACCAGCGAAUGGUGAAUAUCAAAUGUGGGGGGUCGCUAGCCUGAAGAUGGACAGAGAUCUGCUCGAUUUUACUAUCGCUACAUUCUUCACGCAGGAAGCGACAAUUGCCGAUGUCGAGAAGAUCUUGCUCGUCAUGGCAGUUCAGCCCAUCACCGAGGGCGCACUCAACGCAAUGCAGAAAAAUGGCGGCAAUGCUUUAGGUCUCGAGCCAGAAAAUGGUCCUUACUUCGUUUUGAACUUCAACGCGGCGUGGAAGAAUAAGGACGAUGAGUCCAAAUUCCAGAAAGUGAUCUCCGACGUCAUCAGCAUCGUCAAGGCCGAAGCGAAAAGACGAGGCGUUGACAAUGACUUCCUGUAUAUGAAUUAUGGCUCUCAGUAUCAGGACCCGAUUGCAAGCUAUGGCUCCGCAAAUCAACAGCGCUUGAUCAGUAUCUCCAAGAAGUACGAUCCAGCACAAGUCUUCCAGCUUCUCCAGCCUGGCGGUUUCAAGCUGGCUAGUGGUGCACCGAACUCAAGUCCUUCAUAAAUCUGUUGUAGACCACUUGUGAGAAUUCUACUAGAAGUUAUUUGGCUCGAGGACUUCGACUUCGACAUGGAGUAGAAAGAUAGUGCUGCGCUUACAAAGGUAUCAUACGU